GUUUACAUGAAAAUUUUUCACAGUGUAUUGUGCAAGAGAAAUGAAAAUUGUGAAUUUUUACGGUAAACAAUCAAAAGAUGACACUUAAAGGAGAUGAAUUCUUCUCAAAAGCUAUACAAGCACUUGCUCGGUCGUUAGCACAUCUUAAUCCAACACCAGAAGACAAAUUCCAGCAGCUUUUACGGUAUUGCCCACAAGAAAGCUCGGCUGGAGUCUUUUGCAUUGAUUCAAGAAGUUAUGAAGCUAUUGUUGCUCUUGGCUUAUAUUUUCUGGAAAGUGAUUAUCAAUAUGAGAGUUUAAUCGUUCCUUACCUUAUACGACUUCUCAAGGGAUUACCGAAAUCAAUUCAUAAAGACGAAGAUCCAAAAGCUUUAGAAAAGAAAAUUGACAAACUUCCUGGAACCGAAAAGUUUUCAUUUUGCCUCAACACUCUUCUAAGUGACAUCGCCGUUUUUUGUCCAGAUCGACAUGAUGAAAUCAUCCAAACGCAAGUUGAAGUAUUCGGAACGUUGACUAAUAUGAUUGUUUCAAAAAAUAGCGAUAAGAAUGUUUACACACCAACUUUAUGCAAAGACAUUGUUCCAAUUUUUUUGGGAUUGGCGAGAUCGAUUGGACGUUUUGCAACCAAAGAGCCACCAUUGCUUUGUCGCAUGUAUCCAAUUCCGGAGAAACCUGUUGUGAAAACAUCAAAUCUCGAUCAGAUCGUAGUGAACGAUGCUCAGAAGUUUUCACCGAAUUUUCGUCCAAUUAUUCCACGUUCAAUGUCUGGAAGUUUGAACAUCGAAGGUAUAGAAGCUAAGAAAGGUUUAACAACUCCAACAGCUUCACCAAGAAAAAAUGAACCUAUGACAAAUAAGAAGUUAUUCAGUUACUAUUCAGUUCCUUAUGAUCCCACAAGAUAUUUCUUCACGAAAUUCGGAUCAAGUUUUAAUCAAUUCCCCAACAUGAGAUCAUUUGAAAUUGAUGGUGAGAGUGAAUCGCAAAGUAAACAUGAGAAAACUCAAUUUCCUGUCAAUCAUCUUCAACAAAUUUUUGCAUUUUCAAAGAAACUUCUUGCAAAAGAUGUGCUUGAUUAUCUGGAUGAGAAAGCUGAAGACAUUUUUGCUUUACUUCAGAACAAAACUUUCGGAUAUAAAAGUUUCUCUGAGACUAUUAAUUUAGUUAUUGUGACAUUGCUUCGGGAACUUUUACAAAAUCAAACAGAAUUAUCAACACCAUUCACGAAAGAUAUUCAAGAGUUUGUUAAGCAACUUUUCUUAAAUGGUCAAACUGAAAUCAACAACAAAGCACAUGAAGAUCAUAAGAAAAGUGAAGUCGAAGGAAAUAUUGUGAAUAAAUAUAAAAUUAACAUAAUGGCAAAUGCAGCGUGUGUUGAUCUUCUGGUCUGGGCAAUUCGUGAUGAAACUGAGGCUGACAAACUCUGCAGUCGUUUACAUCAAAAACUCAACACAAAUAUCGGUCACAAAAUUAUGUUAGAUCAUAUGCCGCUACUGAUGGUUUGCUUGGAGGGUUUAGGGAAACUUGCAAAGAAAUUUCCAAGUAUCGCUGGAACGUCAAUAUCAUAUUUAAGAGAUUUUCUGGUCGAUCCAAGUCCGAUUCUCGCAAAGCUUCAUAGUCAAGCAGUAAUUCAACAAAAGAAACAAAAAGAAGUCGCACCCUAUCGAAUUGUUGUUCAAAGUCCCGAACUUCGUUCCAUCACCGAUGAACAACAAAAGCCAAUGGGCUUAACAAAAUCACCAGUCUCAGCAUUUGAAGCAUUACGUGAAGCAGCAAUUGAAAAUCUUAGCAUUGCAUUACGUGCAGCUCAUCCUACAGAUCAAUAUUGCGUCCCAGCUUUAAUCGCGAAUGUUUCAAAUCGGCUUUUUAUUGCUGAAAAGAAUGAAAGUGAAUCAAAUUUAGUCUCACUUAACAUCAUUGUUAUGCUUGGACAUGUUGCAGUUGCUUUGAAAGAUACAGCAAAGACGACUCAUAACAUUCUUCAAUUCUUCAUUCAACGAUUCUGUAAAGUUGCAAGCGAACAAAAUGUUCUCAUUGUUGAUCAACUUGGUUGCAUGAUAAUCAGCAAAUGUGAACCAGAAAUCUUUGAUGAGAUCAUGAAAAUGUUUUCACGCGUUACUGUUCAAUCAGCUUCAUUAGCUUACAGUUCAAAUCCUGAACAUCGAAAGCAAUAUCACAAUGUAUCUGAUGCCGUUGUCAAUGCUUUGGGAAAUAUCGCAGCAAACAUUCAAGGGGAGUCAGAAAUGCUUGAACUUUUGAUUAAACUUCUCGAGCUCUUCGUUCAGAUUGGAUUGGAAGGUGAAAGAAGUUACGACAAUGCGCCAGGUGCACAAAAAGCAUCAAACAGUGCUGGUAAUCUUGGGAUGUUAAUUCCUGUCAUUGCCACAACUGUUCGUCGUUUACAACCAAUUCGAACUCCCAAAACACGAUUGCAUAAAUUAUUUAAAGACUUCUGGAUGUAUUGUGUUGUUAUGGGCUUCACAAAUGCUCGUUUGUGGCCAUCAGAUUGGAUUCAGGGAGUGCAACAAAUAGCUGCAAAAUCGCCACUUCUCAUCUCACAAACACCACACAAAUCUGAAAUGCGCGAAUUAAAUUAUUCAUCAGCUAUUCGUUCCGAUAGUGUAAGUUUGAAUGAACUUCGAAGUCAAAUUCUGUUGCUUCUCGAUCAUCCACCAGCUGAAGUCACCGCUUACAUCAAUAAACUGACAUUCGCUCAGUGCACUUACUUGUUGAGUGUUUAUUGGUUGGAAACUUUACGUGUUGAGAAUGCAAUCGAGCCGAGCCUUGAUCCAAUCUUGAGUUAUCUUUGUGAUCCAGUUUUACAGAAAGAUAAAUGCGGAAUGUGGCAAUGUGUGAAAUGCAUUGGUGAUCAAGUGUUUGAGAAAUUCUUAACAGUUCUCGUUGAACAAGAUUUAAAGCGUGAAAAAGUUUUAGAAUCACAAGCACGAAUGCUUCUCGUUUAUUUCAAUCACAUUCAUAAACAAAUUCAACUUGUUGCUGAUCAGUAUUUAUCACAAUUAGUUGAUAAAUUUCCACAUUUAUUGUGGAAUCGGAAUGUUCUUUGGUGCAUGCUUGACAUUCUUCAAAUGUUGGCAUAUUCAUUAACAUUUGAUGCAAAUCAACAAAUUCCUAUUCUUCAAGUUCCAAUGACAUCUUACACACUACAAUUCAUGGACAAUUCGCCAGCAAGAGAGAAUCGUUUCAAAGAUUUCAGUGAUCGUUGUCAAGGAAUCUUCAAUGAAGCAAUGAAAUGGGCGCCAAACUACACACGAAGUCAUUUGCAACAAUAUCAAAGUUUAAGUCAUGAUACGCCAUUCUCAAAUCGUGAAGAAGCUUUAGCAUUUGAUUCUGUGAUAAGAUCAUGGCUUUCAGAUUGUGUUUCGGGUGUCAAUCGACGAUGUAAUGGACGUGGAACGUCGAGAUUUGUCUCAGUUUUAUGUUUAAGAAGUAAGUACACUGGGGAAGUUGCUGGAUUAUUGUCAGUAUUAGAUGAUGAAAGUAAACGCGGUUUAUCAGAUAAACUCACAAAUGAUAUUUGGGAAGCAACGAAAGAAAAGAACGAAGUGAAACAUAAAGGCGCUUUAUGGAGAGGCACAGCUUAUCUCAUUCAAACGUUUGACAAUUUAGAGUUGGGAAAGCUUCUUCAUGCAAUUGCGACGUCGCAAGUUGAAUUAUUCACUGAAUCAGCUGUUGAGACAGCUGUUGAAUGUUGGCAAUGGAUUCUUACAGCACGUGAAGAUUUAGAAUUGAGUUUCAUUCGUGAAAUGAUUUCGGCAUGGCAAAUAACGUUCGAGAAGAAGAUUGGAUUGUUUUCAGCUGAAAUGGAAGUGACAAGUCCGUUAGCAGCACAUGAAGGUUGUCGUCUUGUGCCGAAGCCAAUUAAUGUCAAGCCACACAUCAUUUGGUUGGAUCUUCUCACUGAAAUGGUCGACACAGCGAAAUAUUGCAAUCGUGAUAAAGUUGAAAUGUUGUGCAUGCUUGUUCAUCGUUGUCUUCCCAUCGAUAAACAUUUGAAACAAAAUCGUAACAUUUCAACAGUUGGUUGUCGGUUUAAGCUUCUUCAAUGUGGUUUGAGCUUGUUGCAAGGCAACACAAUACCGAAAAGCAUCGCAAGAAACAUUCUUCGUGAAAGAAUUUACUUCCACGCACUUGAUUACUUUUGUGCAGCACCAAUGUGUCCAUCACAAAAUCGUGAAGAUCUUCUUGAAGAUAUAACAAUUCUCAUGACAUUUUGGCAGACGAUGAGAUCAGAAAAGAAACAUUUAAUGACAUCAGAAAUGUCGGAUUACGAACUUGCACCAAGUGCAACAUCACAAAAUCUUACAGUUGCAACGAAGCAAUUUAAUGCUGAUUCAAUAUCAAUGGCUGGGAGGGAUGUCGCAAGAUCAACAAGCAGUGGAGCUGCCGGAUGGUACAACACAAUUCCACAUUCAACUUCGACAUUAUCGAAGCGUACAACAAGACAGAAACGAAAUGCUGGGCAGAAAGAUGCUUACGACAAAGAUUAUAUGAAGAAAAGAAAUUUAAUUCUCGAAUUACUUGCUGUCGAAAUUGAUUUUCUUGUCACUUGGUACAAUCCAUUGUCACUUCCAGAACUUCAGAUAAAUCCGAAAAGUGAAGAAGCUUUGGCUGGUUGGCGUGCACGUCCAAUUAAAAUCAACUUAUGGAAAGAUUACACGCAACUUGCAUGGAGUUAUAAUCCAGCUUUGGCUGUCUUUCUACCACAAAGAAUAACAAAUGCUGAGAUAAUUGAUGAUGAAGUUUCUCGUUUAGUUAUUGCCGAUCCAAUUGCUGUGUCGCAUAUUCCCGAAGCUCUUAAAUAUCUUGUGACGACAAAGAAUCUUCUUUCUGAUGCAACGCAAUUAAAUUUCAUGUUGACAUGGUCAAAGAUUGAACCAAUUCAAGCUUUGGCUUAUUUCUCACGACAAUAUCCGACGCAUCCAUUAACAGCACAAUAUGCUGUGAAGACACUCGGUUCAUAUCCAGCUGAAGCUGUUCUUCCUUACAUUCCCCAACUUGUUCAAGCUCUUCGUCAUGAUACGAUGGGAUAUGUCACGGAAUUCAUUAAACACAUUUCAAAACGUUCGCAAAUUGUUGCACAUCAAUUAAUUUGGAAUAUGCAAACGAAUAUGUACAUGGAUGAAGAUAUGCAUCAAAAGGAUCCAAAUUUGUAUGACAUUCUCGAUGCACUUGUCAAUUCCAUUAUCGCUUCAUUAUCGGGACCGGCAAAGAAGUUUUAUGAAAGAGAAUUUGAUUUCUUUGGCAAAAUAACGGCUGUGUCGGGAGAGAUUCGAAGUUUUCCGAAAGGACCGCAAAGGAAGAAAGCUUGUCUCGAUGAGUUGAGAAAGAUUGAAGUGCAACGUGGAUGUUAUUUGCCAUCAAAUCCUGAAGCGAUGGUUCUUGACAUUGACUACAAUAGUGGAACGCCAAUGCAGAGUGCAGCUAAAGCUCCAUAUUUAGCUAGAUUUAAGAUACAACGUUGUGGAAUAACCGAACUUGAACAAAUGGCAAUGGAUGUGUCGAACAAUGCAAAUAGUAGUGGCGGUGUUGGAAGUAAAACAACAUCACCAACAAAACCGCAACUUUCACUUCAUGUUGAAGGAUGGCAAGCAGCAAUCUUUAAAGUCGGCGAUGAUGUUCGUCAAGAUAUGUUGGCACUUCAAGUUAUUUCAAUUUUUAAGAAUAUUUUUCGGCAAGUUGGCUUGGAUCUUUAUUUAUUUCCUUAUCGUGUUGUUGCAACAGCACCUGGUUGUGGUGUGAUUGAAUGUGUGCCGAAUGCAAAGUCAAGAGAUCAAUUGGGACGACAAACAGAUACAGGACUUUAUGAAUAUUUCUUGCACAAUUAUGGCGAUGAAACGACGAAAGAAUUUCAAAUGGCGCGAAGUAAUUUUGUGAAAUCAAUGGCGGCAUAUUCAGUGAUUGGGUAUUUGUUGCAGAUAAAAGAUCGUCAUAAUGGAAAUAUUAUGAUUGACACGGAAGGUCACAUUAUUCAUAUAGAUUUUGGAUUUAUGUUUGAAUCGUCACCGGGUGGAAAUAUUGGCUUUGAACCUGAUAUGAAGUUGACUGAUGAAAUGGUGAUGAUUAUGGGUGGUAAAAUGGAAGCAGCGCCUUUUAAAUGGUUUUGUGAACUUUGCGUUCAAGCAUUUCUUGCUGUCCGUCCAUAUCAAGAUGCGAUUGUGUCACUUGUGUCAUUGAUGCUUGACACGGGCCUUCCAUGCUUCCGUGGUCAGACGAUUACAUUGCUAAAGCAAAGAUUUGUUGCGAACAAGAACAGUAAAGAUGCAGCUGCACAUAUGUUGGGCGUCAUUAAGAAUUCUUACCAGAAUUUCAGAACAAGAACUUACGAUUUAAUUCAAUUUUAUCAAAAUCAGAUUCCAUCACUUGAUUAUGAUGAAGCUGGUGAUAAGGAGAAAGCCAUCCAAUAUUACACAGAAGCUGUUGAAGUAAUAUUAAGUAUAAGUGAUAGGGAAAAGAGAGAGAAACUCAAUAAGUUUGCAAAGCAAGCACUCGAUCGUGCAGAAGAGUUGAAAGGUGUAAAAAACCCUUGUGCCGAGCCAGAAAAAUCAACAGAUCCAAUUCAGCAUGCAUCAACAAGUUCAUCUAAGGAAUUAUCACCAAGUCAUUCGUUAUCAGUCAAUAAACCGACUUUAAAAACUAUUUCAAAAGAAUCCUACACAUUGGAAGAGAAGAAAGUUCUUGAAAAAACUUCAUUAAUCAAUUCCCGCAUUUAUGUUCCCUUCAUGGCUGUUGACACCAAGGAACGUUUUGUUUUUCCGAUUCCCUUCACAGACAAAGAUGGAAUGCUUGAACUAGCACCAAAACAAAAGAAAGAAUUUCAAGAAUGGGUGAGAAUUAGCGACUUAUGUGAACAUCCAAGCAUCAUUAUGGGAUCACAUGCAGACUUCUACAGCAUCAAACAAACAGUCGUGUCUGAUUGUUCGUUUGUUUCAUCAUUAACUGUUGCUGCACUUUAUGAAAAGAAAUUUAAUAGAAGGAUUUUAACGUCGAUUAUUUAUCCGAGAAAUUCGAAAGACGAACCAGUUUACAAUCCAAGUGGAAAAUAUUCUGUGAAACUUCAUGUGAAUGGAAUUGCACGUAAAGUUAUCAUCGAUGAUUAUUUACCAGUUGGUCGAUACAAUCAACUUCUGUGCUCAUAUUCAAGUAACAAGUCGGAAUUUUGGGUGUCAUUGAUGGAAAAAGCUUACAUGAAGUUGAUGGGCGGCUACGAUUUUCCCGGGUCAAACAGUAACAUUGAUUGUUAUGCUUUAACUGGUUGGAUACCUGAACGAAUAACAUUGAGAAAAGAUGAUGACGAUUUUAAUAGCGACGCAGUAUUUAAUCGAUUGAAAGAAGGUUCAGAAGCUGGACGUUGUUUGAUCACUGUUGCAACUGGUGAACUUUCCGAUGUUGAAUGUGAGCGAACUGGACUUGUCUCGACACAUGCUUUUGCUGUUUUAAAAUUAGCUGAAGUAAAUGGUGUGAAGCUGUUAAGAUUAAAAAAUCCGUGGUCUCAUCUAAGAUGGAAAGGAAAUUAUUCCGAACAAGAUUUAGCGCAUUGGACACCAGAACUUCAAAGUAUUCUAAAUUAUGAUCCAAAAGUGGCACAAACCAUCGACAAUGGAGUCUUUUGGAUUGACUAUCGUUCACUUUUAAACUUUUUUGAUGUUUUUUAUUUGAAUUGGGAUCCGGAAUUGUUUAAGUUUACUUAUUGUACUCAUCAGUCAUGGAAUGCUGGAACUGGUCCAAGUAGAGACGCUUACAAUGUUGGAGACAAUCCUCAAUUUUCUUUGAAUGUUCCAGCGGGUCGUGGUUCAAUUUAUGUUCUUCUCACACGUCACAUUACUUCAAUUGAUGAUUUUCGUGAGAAUAAAGAAUACAUAACGUUGCUUGUGUACAAUCAUAGAAAUGGCAAACGUGUAUAUUAUCCACAUGAUCCACCACCGUUUCUUGAUGGAAUAAGAAUAAACAGUCCGCAUUAUCUGUGCAAGAUACGAUUGGAUCCACAAACAGCUAGAAAUUAUACAUUAAUUGUGUCACAAUAUGAGAAGACAACGACGAUCUUCUACACACUUCGAGCUUAUUCUCGUGAGCCAUUUGAGUUGAGGGAGAUUAAUAAUAAAUUUGCAACGAAUACUCAAUUGAAUGGUGAAUGGAGCAUUGCGAACUCAACAGCAGGUGGAUGUCAGAAUCAUAAAACAUACAGAACAAAUCCGCUUUAUAAAAUAACGAUGCCGAAUGAUGGAAAUUUAAUUAUUGAAUUACGUGCACCGAAAGUUUUUCAAGUUGGUCUUGAUUUGACGAUAAGUUCAUUGGAAGAUCCAAAUGUCACAGCGCCCUUUAUCAAUAAAACAACAGACAGUUUUAGAAGCGGUUUUUGUGUACUUGACAUUGAGAAUCUACCAGCUGGCGUGUACAAUAUCAGACCUUCAACUUUCCUCCCUAAUCAAGAAGCACCAUUUUUCUUAAAAUUAAAUUUCAUAAUGGAUUAUGGUGGUUUUUGCGGCUCUUGUGAUCUAUGCUCUUAUGCAUAUCAACCAAACUCUUUUAGCAAAUACACUUGCUGUGAAAAGGAAUACAUAGUUCAAUCAAUGAUUCAAUCUGAAGCAAACUCUAAAGCAACUGGCUUUCGAUCACUUGGAAGAAAAAAUUCUUUUGAUGCUUCAAAUUCUAAAAAACCUCCCGUUCUUUAUAAAUCUCUCAAAUGUACAGAACAUAAACCUUCUCAAAAAAACAUAACAAACUUCAAAUCAAUAAAAGAAGAAGACGAAAAUUGUCAAGUUUUAAAAUCAAAGAAUUUGUCUGAGACAUUUCGAAAGACUUUAAUUCACCCUGAUGAUUGUACUUGUGUUGAGUGUUGUAAAACAAAAAAUUCUUCAUCGACUGGUACAAGUCGUCGUCAUGGCAAAUUUUAUAUUCUUGUUAAUUUUGUUUUUCUUGUCUUUACAGCUGAUUUCAGCAGUGAAAUUGAAUUAAAAAAUACUCUGCUAAAGAAAUCUUCAAAAAAUUCAAACAGUUUAAAAAUGUCGAAAUCUUCGUCAGAACGAAAUAUGAAAAAUUAUCUUUAUGAUAAUCCAGAAUUGAAGAUAAAACCGUCAAUUGAAACAACAAACCUUGAAGAAGAUCUUAAUUCUGACUUAACUGAUUGUUGGAUACUUCAAUGUCCUAAAAAUGUCGAUGUAAAUGAAUUAUUAGGAUGCAAACUAAGUAAGUCAGAGUCGUUCAAAUGUAAUGCUGAAAGUUUCACGACACCAAAAACUCUUGCACUAAUAACUGAAGAGCGAGCUGCCGAAUAUCAAUGCGUUUGCCCAAAUCUUAAAUUAUUCAAUCCUAUUGGAAAAAUUGUUUUAACUGCAGCAAAUGAUUCUUUGAAUGUAGAAAGUGAUGUGGAGAUCAAAAGCGAAAAUAGUUGCAAUGACAGCGACCAGGAAUCAAAACCAAUUCAACAAGUAAAGAAAACAUCAAAGAAGAUUAAAGACCAAGUCUUCACAAUUGAAACCAAAAUCACAGUUGAAGAUUGUCAGCCUAGAAAGAAAAAAAUUCAAGAGAAGAAUCAGCCAGAAGAAUGUUUAGAUCAAAUUCAUAAAAAGAAAAAAAUAAAAAAAGAAAAAUGUUGAUUUUUUUAG